AUGAUUACCAUGAACGCCAUCAUGGGGACCGCCAUGUUGUUUAUGUGGAUCAAGUGUCAACCAUUCGCCAAAGUAUGGGACAGCAGUCUCGACGGUUGGUGCAUCGACCCGAACAAGAUCGUCAUCUUGUUUCAGUGGUCUGCUGGCUGGUCCGGCUCCGCGGACGUUAUCCUCGCGCUGUUGCCCUGGGGCAUACUAUUUGGUAUGCGCCAGUCACUAAGCAACAAGGAAAGAUUGGGUAUCGCUCUUGCCAUGAGCAUGGGUGUUGUUGCUGGCGCCGCGUCCUUCGUCAAGCUUGUCAUGCUGCCCAACCUUACGGGAGAUCCAAGUAUGCAUACCUUCUCUGACCCUUUUCAGCGCCCCUUCUGA